AUGGAACCAGUCCUUCUCGGAGCCGUUACGAUCUUGGCGCUGCUUGAACAAGCGUACUUCUCUCUGCAGGUGAUCUACGCCCGAAGGAAGUACUCUGUGUCCCCCCCCAAUACCACAGGAUCCCCAGAGUUUAACCGGGUCUACCGAGCCCAAGCCAACUGCUCUGAAUACUUCCCCUUGUUCAUCACGGCCAUGUGGAUCGCAGGAAUGUUUUUCAAUGAAGGUCUAUCAUGUGUGGGUGGUGUUUUGUAUCUGUUCGGCAGACUGCAGUACUUCUGGGGAUACUCCACUUCUCCUCAGGGCCGACUGGCUCCCUUGUACUUCUGUGCCAAGAUUCUGUGGGCUCUGAUUGGCUGCUCGGCUCUGGGCAUCCUCCUGUCCUUCUCCAAACUGUACCUGGACACAGACCUGCUCCUGAUCACCGCCGAUGCCCUGGGAUUCACACCCGGAAAUACUCAAUAA